UCGUGCGUUUGCGAUGUCGGCAUCUCCAUCUCGUCUAUUGUCGUCUCAAAUUGUCGAAAUAUUUCAUCCACGGCCGCGUUCAGACGCUGGCUGACGACGAGCUUCGAAGUGUGGACGAGGCUGAACAUCUUCGACGCGUUCUCGCACCAAAACUCCAGCAGAAGAUUGCGGCCCGGUACUCGCUAAGGAUCAUUUCCGGAAGGCGUUUCAAAACAAAGCGUGAUUGGAUUUAUUUUGAAACGUCUUUCCCGGAUGUUAGGAGAAGCAAGGCGGUCAAGCCGAAGAACGAGACACAACGUUACAUUUCGCCUCGUCAAAGCAAACAUGGAGCAACGGCUGAGAGUGGUUUCAAAGCCCGAACGCGAGCUGAAAGUGUUGCCAUCGGAUGUGCUCAAAGUGAUUGUCGUGAAAAAGGAGGAAGAACAGGAGCCGCCUCACGACAAAGACGAAGAGGAGCGACAGCAGCGGGGAGAGGCCGAGGCCACCGAAUUCCACGUGAAGACUGAUGAAGACGAGGAUAACGAAGCCCAGUGGUCUCGUCUUCUUCGGCACAGUCAAAAAAUCCCACAACAACGAGCUGCCGAUGGAGGAUCACAAGCCGACUCCGUCUUGGCUCUGCUGUCAGAUUGUGAUGACUCGACUUCAGAAUGCGACGACGCCGAUGACGAGGACGAGCGCAAAGAAGCUCCGAAGCGUCCUAAAGAGACGAAAAACUGCUUGAAGUGUUGCGAGUGCGAGAAGUGUUUUGUUCACGAGAAAAACCUGGAAAGACACAUGAGGAGUCACAUGGAGGAAACAAGUCUGACUUGUUCAUUCUGCAGUAAAAGCUUCAGGCAGCGUUCGGAUCUGAUUGUGCACGCUCGUACCCACACGGGAGAGAAACCGUACUCGUGCUCGCUUUGCGCUGCCAGCUUCUCCCAGAAAGGAAGUUUGGUGAGGCACACCAGAUGUCACACUGGGGAAAAACCUUUUUCCUGCUCCGUGUGCGACUGCAGCUACCGGAGGCGCGCCGCUCUGGUCAAACACACGAGAACUCACACUGGAGAAAAACCUUUCGCUUGCUCCGUUUGCGCUAAGAGAUUCUCAGACAAGAAGAACAUGACUGUACACAUGAGGAGUCACACGGGUGAGAAGCCUUUUUGUUGCUCCGUUUGUGGCGAAAGGUUCUCAGACAAGAAGAAUAUGAUGAUCCACAUGAGGACGCACAGUGGGGAGAAACCUUUCUGCUGCGCAGUUUGCGGCGAGAGAUUCUCUCAGAGGUGCAGUCUGAUGAGACACACGCGGACGCACACGGGGGAAAAACCUUUCUCCUGCUCUGUUUGUGGUAAAAGCUUCUCAGUGAAGAAAAACAUGAUGACGCACAUGCGCAUACACUCCGGAGAAAAACCUUUCUCGUGUCUCAUCUGUGCCAAAAGUUUCUCCUAUAAGAAAAACAUGACAACGCACGUGAGGACACACACGGGGGAGAAACCGUUCUCAUGUCCCGUUUGCGCUAAAAGAUUCUCCGAUAAGAAAAACAUGAUGAUACACAUGAGGACGCACACGGGAGAAAAACCUUUCCCAUGUCCUGUUUGCACGAAGAGCUUCUCCGUGAAGAAGAACAUGAUGAGACACAUGACAACUCACACUGGAGAGAAACCUUUCUCAUGCCCGCUUUGUCACGAACGAUUUUCUCAGAAGGGAAGCAUGAUGAGACACGCACAAAUGCACUAUGCAGACAAAAUACACAUUCCUCAUUAGUACACACACUGCUUGUUUACAAAAAAAAAAAAAAAAAAAAGG